AUGGUGAAGCCCAAGCGGCUCCCGCUGUACGAGUCGCCCCUAUCAUCCGCUGAUGAGCUUUCGGACGAUGAAUAUGUAGGUAGUGACGAUGUUUGCAGUGAGGACCUCAGUGAUACUGGUUCUGCGGGCGAGGGGAUAUACGAUGACUUGUUCUCGUCGGACGACGAGCCGGAGGAGCCAUACUGUGACCCAGACCCCACGCUGCGUUGGGACGUUUGGCAGAUCGACGACUUCAUCAUGAUCGAGACGCCCAACGAGAAGGAGGGCGGCAUCCCUAUCAGUAAGACCUUCGUCAGCGUGCUGUGGGAUUGGCGUCCGAAGCCUGCCAGCAAACGCUACCGCUCGUUGGAGCCGCUCGAGAAUAUUUUGGAGACUCACCGCGAGGAGUGCUGGGUGGCACUGCGCUUCAUGAACAGCAGGAUGGAGCACUUCCGCGAGUUUUGCAAGACUGACUGGUACGGCAGGGCCAUCAUUGCUGCGGGCGAGGACUACUCCUGCAUGUUUCGAGCUAUGACAGUUGCGGCCAACCUUCUUAAGCGCCCCAACCUGGUUCCGCAGAUGGUGAUCGAUGAUUUCUUCGCCGAGGCUAAGAGCAAGUUCGACGUGGACAUGAACCUGGGCUGCAAUUGGAAGCAGUUCACGGCUUUCCUGCGCAAGCUGCGCCAGCAUGGGACUGCGCUCAAGAUUAACGAGAUGAUAAAGAACAACUACGUCCAAGGAGGACGUCGCGGGCCGCGUGUUUGUGCUUCGCGUGGCGGACGGGGCCAGCGCAAGACCAUUAUCGACAAGGGCAAGGAGAAGCCUGUGGAGGAGUGUCGCUGGAUGAACUUCUUCGCAUUUGUGCGUCCGUUCAGAGUCUGGUAA